CGUAUAGGUUGAAUGCUACUAUUUUCCGAUAGAUGGACGGAUGUCCACAUGUGAAAAUAUAUUAUCAAAAUUCUCAUUUAUAAAACAAUUUUCUGUAUAACCAAGUGCUGACAUUUACAUACAAACAUGUCAUCUGGAGGAUAUCAGAGGGAGUUAGAUCUAGCACCAACUGCAACUAUUGAUAAAGUUGCUUUAAACAACAAGGUUGUGCUAAUGAGAGCUAUUGUUAGACGAUCCAAAUUACACCUCAUUAAUGGUUUAGUAAAGAAAGUUCAUAAAUUGAGGGACAAAAAGGGUUCAGAAGAUCAGAAGAAACAAAAUAAAAACAAAGCUGACAAAAUGCUGGAAGAUAUAAAAAUUAUCAAGGUUUUGAAACCAGACUAUGUGUCAAAGUAUGCUUUAGGUACAACUGUAAAAUUUGAAGAACUGGCAGCUAAGGCAAGCACUACACCAGAAAUGCGAGCGUUAGCCAGGCUUGCUGCACACAAGUUUAUAAUGCAGGAAGUGGACAAGUUCAGGCAGGCACAUGAGGACUGGAAAGAUCUUGCAGCAUAUCUGAUGACAAAACAUACAUCCAGAGACUUCAAGAAGAAGAAAACAAAAGAGACAAGAAAGAAAGUUGAAGCAAACGUUUUAGCCUCAGAAAAUCUUGUACAAAAAUAUCUUGGUCAAAAGUUAGAGGGUAGAACUGAUUUAGAAGAUGUGGAAAAUGAAGAUGAUGUUAAUGGGGGUGACGAUGAUGAGGUAGAUGACAGCAGUAAUGAGAAUGAAGAUAUUGAUGAAAGAAUUCAUGUAAAAAAUAAUAUCAGAAAUAUGAAUGAAAGGAUGGGGACGUUCAAGAAGACUGACUCAAUUCAAGAUCAAGAAAGUGAUAAUUUAGAAGCAGAAAAUAGUGAUGAUGAUGAAAUCAUUGACAAUGAAGAUGUUGAUGAUGAUGAUGAUGACAAUAAUAAUGACUCUAAUGAUGAUGACAAUAAUAAUGACUCUGAUGAUGAUGAUGAUGACAAUGAUGAUGAAGAUGAUGAUGAAACAAUACAGGACAUGAAUGAUAAAAAACAAUUUUCAAAAAUUAGAAAAAGUGAAAUUGAUACAAAAGAAAGAGUGACAAAGAAAACAAAAGGCAAACAUAAAGACCCAGGAGGAUACAAAAUUACUGAAAAUAUCCCAAAGAAAAGUGUUUCAGCAGAGAAAGUGGAAGGUGAAAUGAUUGUUAAGAAAUUAAAUUUAGCAAAAGAUUUUGUAGAUGAUGAUAUACCAAAAAUACUAUUAAGUGAUAAUGAAGAUAAACAAGUAAAACAUAAAAGGAAAAGGAAAGAUUUAUUUUUCGAUACUGGGGAAGAUCAUGACAGCGGUAACCAAGAUGGAGAUGAAAAUGAAAUAAAUGACAGUGGUGAUCAUGGCAUUCAACCCCAAAAAUUUACAGCUUUAAAAACUUUUUUUGUAGGCUCUUUAAAAAACUUUGGGGACCUUUUAUGGGAUGUAAUGGGUAGUCAAUAUAGAUCUAAUGAAGACUGGAAAAGAAUUCGCCAUGAAACUAAAGAACAGAAAUUUGGCAGUGGUAGAGGACAGGGUCCAGUGUUUAGAGGAAGAGGUUCUUCAAACAGUUUUAUGUCUCACAGGGGUAGGGGUUUUUCAGAAGGUCCCAGAGGAAGGGGUUUUGCAGGUGGUCCUAGAGGAAGGGGUUUUUCAGAUGGGCCCAGAGGAAGGGGUUUUUCAGGUGAUCAAAGAGGAAGAGGUUUUUCAAGUAGGCCUCAUGACCAAGGCUUUGGUGGUAGAGGUGGUGGCCCAGAUAGAGGGAGAGUAGGAUUUGACAAAGGACAAGGAGGAAGGCAGCCUGAUCAGAAGAAGUCAGUAGGUCUACAUCCAUCUUGGGAGGCAAGCAAAAAACGUAAACAAGAACAGAAGGCUGUGCUUCAAGCAUUUGAAGGAAAGAAAAUAAAAUUUGACGAUUAGUAAAACUGUUGUAUUACAUUUUAUUAAAGAGGACAUGGAUUAUGAAUAAAUAUAUUUUUAAAGA